GCUGUGUGAGGACGCAGGGAGAAGCUGACCGUCUACAAGCCAAGGAGAGAGGCCUCAGAAGAAAUCAACCCUGCCGGCAUCUUGAUCUCGGACUUCUAGCCUCCAGAACCGACGCGGCCUUUUCCCUGCCGUUGGCCAGAGCCCUCAGUGCUCGUCCGUGAAGACGGGCCCACCAUGUUCUAUGGGACCCACUUCAUCAUGUCCCCACCUGCCAAGAGCAAGCUGAAGCGGCAGGGCCAGCUGCUGUCCAGCGUGCUGUCCCGGACGCUGAGCUACAAGUACCGUGACCUGGACACCACCUGCUCCAGCCUGGGCAGCAGCGACGACCCGGCCGAGCUCUCCACCCAGCUCUCGGCCCCUGGGGUCCUGAAGGUGUUCGGGGACAGCGUGUGCACGGGCACCCACUACAAGAGCGUCCUGGCCACCGGCACGUCCAGCGCCCGGGAGCUGGUGAGGGAGGCCCUGGAGCGCUACGCCCUGAGCCCCGAGCGUGCCGGCCAGUACGUGCUGUGCGACGUGGUGGGCCAGGCCGGCGACUCCGGGCGGCAGUGGCAGGCCGAGGGCUUCCGGGUGUUCGGCGACAACGAGAAGCCCCUCCUGAUCCAGGAGUUAUGGAAACCCCGAGAAGGCUUGUCCCGGAGGUUUGAGCUGAGAAAGAGGUCGGAGAUGGAGGAGCUGGCAGCCAGGGACGUGGACACCGUGACGGCAGGGAUAAACGCCCAGGCCCGGAGACUGCAGCGGAGCCGCGCCAAGGGAACCACAGCCCCGGCCGCGGGGGGCACCUGGAGCCCCCCUCCACCCCGCCUGCGCCGCACGGUCAGCGAGACCAGCCUGGGCUCGGCCAUUGCCCCGCCGUCCACUGCCCGGGGCCCCGAGGAGCCCGGCCAGGACGCCAUGCGCUGCUCCCUCUACGAGUCGCCCCACCUGCUGCUCCUGCAGGGCUACAGCCAGCAGCACGACAGCCUGGUCUACGUGCUCAACCGGGAGCGGCACACGGUGGGCCAGAGGACCCCCUCCAGCAAGCCCAGCAUCAGCCUCUCGGCCCCCGACAUCCUGCCCCUGCACUGCACCAUCCGCAGGCGCCGGCCGUUGGGCCGAGCUCAGGCGGGGUCACAGCUGGUCCUGGAGCCCAUCCCCGGGGCGUCCGUCUCGGUCAACUUCUCGGAGGUGGGGGGCCGCGCCGUGGCGCUGCGCCACGGGGACCUGCUCUCCCUGGGCCUGUACUACCUGCUGCUGCUGAAGGACCCAGCGCAGGCCCAGCCCCUGCCCGCCCAGGCCCUGGCCCGCCUCCGGGCCGUGCCGGAGAGCUGUAGGAUGUGCGGCGCCCCGCUCCGGGCCCGGGGCGCCUCGGUCUCCGCGAGGCCCGGACCCCCCCGGGCGCGGCCGCUGCACCUGGAGUUCGAGCCCGACAUGGAGGACGCGCUGCUGCAGCGGAUCAUGACGCUGGUCGAGCCGGGCGGCAACGACCACAAGCUGACCCCCGCCUUCCUCCUCUGCCUCUGCAUUCAGCACUCGGCCACCCGCCUCGAGCCGGGCUCCUUCGGGCAGCUCCUGCUCAAGAUGGCCAAGAUGAUCCGAGAGACGGUCUGGGAGAAAACCAAAGAACUCGCCGAGAAGCAGGCGCACCUCCAGGAGCCCCUCUCCACGGCCAGCUUCACCAUGGCGGGCCUGGUUCCGGACCUGCAGCACAUCCUCUUCUGGAUGUCCAACUCGGUUGAGCUUUUGUACUUUAUCCAGCAGAAGUGCCCACUCUACAUGCAGAGCCUGGAGGAGGACCUGGAUGUCACAGGCUCGAAGGAGUCCCUGUUCUCCUGCACGCUCACGGCCAGUGAGGAGGCCAUGGCAGUGCUGGAGGAGGUCAUCCUGUACGCCUUCCAGCAGUGCGUGUACUACGUCUCCAAGUCCCUGUACGUGUGCCUCCCGGCCCUGCUGGAGUGCCCCCCGUUCCAGCUGGAGUGCCGCGAGAGCUGGUGCUCGGCCCCUCAGCUGCCCGAGGAGCUGCACCGCGUCGUGUCCAUCUACCAGGCCACCCUGGACCUCCUGCGGCCGCUGCAGGUGCACCCCGAGAUCGCCGCCCAGGUGCUGGCCUACCUCUUCUUCUUCUCCGGCACGCUGCUCUUCAACCAGCUCCUGGACAAGGGGCCCUCUCUGAGUUGCUUCCACUGGCCCAGAGGCGUCCAGGCCUGUGCCCGCCUGCAGCAGCUCCUGGAGUGGACACGGAAUGCCGGCUUUGGCGAGGCUGGAGAGCGCUUCUUCCGGAAGCUUUCCUGCACACUCAGCCUGCUGGCCACGCCCAGUGCCCAGCUCGUGCAGAUGAGCUGGGCGAACCUGCGGGCCGCGUUCCCUGCCCUGAGCCCCGCGCAGCUGCACCGCCUGCUGACCCAGUACCAGCUGGCCUCGGCCAUGGGCCCCAUGAGCGCCUGGGAGCCGGGUGCCCAGGACAGCCCCGCAGCCUUCAAGUCAGAGGACGUCCUGGAGUCCUAUGAAAACCCCCCACCCAUCGUUUUGCCGAGCGAGGGCUUCCAGGUGGAUCUGGAGGCCGACUGCCUGGACGACAGCCUCCACCAGCACCUCCUCUACAUCCGCCACUUCCUGUGGAGCCUGCGGAGCAAGCCCAGCCCCGGUGGCAGGCCCGCGCGGCCAGAGUGUCCCCAGGGCCCGCAACACACCAGCCCCGAAGGCCACCCUGAGGACCAGAGCCGCCCCCUGGCUUCCAGGGACCCCGGCAGGGGAGCCCGUGAGGCCGGCUUGGAGCGCACGCCUCCUUCCGUGGGGGACCCCCAGGCACAGGGCCCUCUGGGAAGGCCGCCAGGCCGCGUGAGCCGUGGGGGGGCCCAGGCCGGGGACCCACACGGGGACCCCUCGUGCCUGCUCACGCCUCCCGGCACCCCGCUCAGCCUGGAGCCCGCUGUCCCCGACUGGCCAGAAGCCAGCAGUGCCUGUGGGGAAGUGCUUCUGGAAGGGAGGAGGAACGGGCCGAGCGGCCCGGGGUGCGCAGCCCCGCAAGGAGACUGUGCGGCCCCGGCGGCCGAGCCCCCUCCAGCCCCCUCCAGCCACAGCUCCAGCACGGACGACUUCUGCUACAUGUUCGUGGUGGAGCUAGAGCGAGGCCCCUCCGGGCUGGGCAUGGGCCUGGUCGACGGGAUGCACACACCCCUGGGCGCCCCAGGGCUCUACAUCCAGACCCUGCUCCCGGGGAGCCCCGCAGCGUCCGACGGGCGGCUGUCGCUGGGAGACCGCAUCCUGGAGGUGAACGGCAGCAGCCUGGUGGGCGUCAGCUACCAGAGAGCCGUGGAUCUGAUCCGACACGGGGGAAAGAAGGUGCGGUUUCUGGUUGCCAAGUCAGACGUGGAAACGGCCAAGAAGAUCCGCUUCCGCACGCCCCCUCCCUAGGCGCCGUGCAGGGGCGGCCUGAGCACCUACGCCUGCGGCUCCCAGGUUACGGCCCCUUCUGCCAGGCUGUUCGGUGUGGCUGCAUCACCCACGGGACGCUAGCCGCAGUCCCUAGUGUACAUUUUGUUUUAUUGGUAUGACACGUAACACUAAGUUGUGAUGCUUGUCACAGAGCCUUCGCGUUUGAAGAUUUGAGUGUUAAAGUAUAGAUUCAAUAAACUAUCUUUCGUAUUGUAGAGGGUGGCAGGGCGUGGAGUCUGGGUGGGCACCGUGCUGGCCCCCUAGAAGGGUUGCUGGAGGUGGGGCGGUGCCCUCCGAGGAACUGCUCCCUCCCUGCCAGCGCGGGAGAGACCCCGGGGGGACACGGGGCUCGCUGGGGUGCCGGGAUGGCUCUAACUCGCUCCUCGCCUGCCCUCCACCCUGCCUGCGAACAAGGAGCAGCGGGGGAGGUGCAGACAGCCCCCGGCCGCCAAGGGAAAGGGCCAGAGCCACCCCCAUCAGAGGGGGCUGCACCCUCGGUGAUGCCACACUCAGCACGGUCCCAAAGAAGGGGUCUGGAACCCCCCAGAAGGUUAUAAAGUGAGAGUCUUGACCCACUGUGGGUAUCCAGGCUUCCUCCCUCAGACUCACACCCCUCCUGAUGUCCUCUCUGGUCGCUAAAGCCAUGGCUGGGCCCUAAUACCAGGCUGGCCGGUGCCAGGCUCUCAGUCUGCGGCCCAGCUGGUGUCCACCUGGUGGCCGUUGCUUCACCCCGGUGGGGGGGCCCGCCUCCUGCACGGCCGCUGACCACGUGCAGGGCCGUGUUGGUGUCACAGUGGCAGCGGGCGCGGGCACCUCCCGGCUGGGUGUCUUCGGCAGGUUCGGCAGCGUGCCCCUCCCUGGGCUCUGGGCUGGGGUCCUCCUCUUCGACAGGAACAGAGACUCUGGGGACGAGAGGGUCCCGGCCAGGCAGCUGCAGACACACCCCUUACGUGGAAAGGGGUCUCGUGGAGGGACCAGCGGCCGGAAGACGAGGAAAGUGGAGCACGAUGGGACUGUCAUUUUCUACAUCAGUCGGCCAGCGCUGUAAGUGCUGUGAGGACAACCCGACAGAACCCAACCUCUGGAAGCAGCCACCCUGGUCCGCCCUCGGCGCGGCUGCAGUGGGCGCCCGGCCCAGGUGAGUGCGCCCUGCUCGCGCGCCAUCCUCCGGGCCGCAGCCCAGCCCGUGUCCUCACGGCCUCCGAGGCCCCCGGCGGCUCUGCCGCUGCGGCUGACACGCCUGGGACAGCCCAGCCCCGCCGGAUUUGCACUCGCGUCGUUGGACUGGACUCCCAGCCACCACAGAAGUCUACCCUGCAAAGACAAUGAACAGCCGAACAAGAAGGUGCCCCGUGUUCUGGAAGCUGGAGGAGAGGCCGGGGAGCCCACAGCUGGGAGCGACCGCGGCGCAGACGCGAGGUGGGGACCGAGCGCCACGGGCCGCGGACGGGAAGGGUGGCCCCGGGACUCACGCCGGUUACUCUGCUCCAGCAGGCGCUGGCAGUACUCGAAAGCCUUCUCCCGCAGCCAUUGCUGGGGCGGCAGCAGGUGUCCGGCGGUGGAGGUGGCCGAGAGCACAGACAGGGUGGAGCCUUCCAGCUCCGACUUGUCGUCUGGAAGAGAGAACGAGGGCUCAGGACAGAGAAGGACUCCGCAGGGUGCGAGGAGGGCUGCCGUCGCCGCCUGCCAAGGCCUGCGCCCUGUCCCGCCCGCUGCCACCCCACUGGACACGGUGGUGUAGAUGAGCCCAGACCGUCUAUGACUGCUAGUGGGCUCGCAGAGGAGGAAGAGUUUGGAGAAGCUGUCUGAACGGUCCUGUCGACAUCUGGCUUCUCAGCACGUCUGGGAAAGGCCUUCUGGAGACCACGAGGCUCGGCCCAUGUCGCCCAGGGGCCCAGCACGUCCUGCCUGCGUCCUACCUGCGUCCGGGGCGCUGGAGCCCCCAGGGCCGCUGUCCAGCAGCCAGGCCCGCAGCAUGGAGAAGGCCUGCACGUUCAGCCACUGGUCCUCCGUGAAGCGCUGGCCCGUGGACAGCACCGUGAAGAAGUCCGUGGCCACUGCCCCGUCCACCUCGGUGACAGGGCCCAGCUGCAGGAGGCAAGGAAGGUCAGCCGGCGCUGCAGGGCCCAGGAAGGGCCAAGAACAGGCGGCAUGGGGCGCGAGCCACCGCCCUGGCCGUCCACGCUCCUCCGGGACCACGGGCACCCCGCCCCCACCCAGGGUGCGUGAGCGCAGGCACUUGAGCUGAAAACGCAGCCCUCGGUCAAAUACGGUCCCUGCCCGCGUGUUCCGGGCCUCAACCCACAGAGCGCGCCACAGGCUCGGGGGCUGUGACCAAGGCACCCCCGCACGCCCGAGUGGAGCGAGGAGAGCGUGCUCGUUCUGGAACCAGGAAGGAGGAGUGGGUGGCGGCCUGCAGGCCAGGCCGGCUGAGGCGGCCUGGGGACACGGAGCUCCGAGUGCCCCAGCCUCACCUGCCGGGCUCUAGGCGUGGAGAAGAAGCCCCCGGAGGAGUGGGCGACCGCUUGCUGGACGCUGGCGUAGCGGAGCCAGUCCCCCAGCCGCUUGCUGAGCGCCCUGGUCUGCUCUGUGCAGGGCGGGGGUGACACCGCAGGAACCGAGUUAAGUCCCGCAGGCUCGCGCUGCCUGGGCUGCCGCAGGUCUUCCUAGGAACCGGCAGCAGCCCCGGCGGCCCCUCGCCCCCGGUGGCGGGGUGUGUGCAGACCUUCAUGGAGGGCGUCUGGGGCCAGGCUGGUGACCUUGGACACGACAGGGAGGAGGUGCCUCAGGCUGGGCCCCUCGGGCUGCCGGCUCUCCAGGACCUUGAGGACGCGCUGGGCCAAGCUCCUGACCUGCUGUUGGUCACCCUGCAAACCCCACAGCGGAACGUGUUCCUGCGCGUCACGAAUGCCACCUGGUUCGGGCGUCUGGAACGUCACGAGGGCAGCCCCAGCCCUGCAGCCUGAAUCAGCCUCACAGCCCUGGCUCAUCCCCCGACCCGGAACGGGGGCGGAGGGGGGGAGGGCUGCUGGGUGACAAGGGCCCAGCCGAGCCUGCCCGCCCCACGGGGAGCACGUGGCCUGCUGGUUCACCGAGGCCCCAGGGCCACCAAGGGCAGGGCGGCGGCAGUCACGUUACCUGGGCCAAGAGCACAGAGGCCACGAGGCCCAGCUGCCGCGUGUUCUGGAUGUGGUCGCAGGACAGGCUCAGGCUGUCGCAGGGUGACAUCUCUCUCAGGACAGCGGCGCAGAGCAGCUGGAGCUGCUCGGGGCAGGUAGGCGAGCAGAGGGUGGUCUGCAGCAGUGCCAGGCAAGGCCUCUCCAGCCUGGGGGGAGGGGGCGUGUCACCCCCCCGGGGCCGGGCCAGGCGGCGCCCCCCACCCCCCGCCAUGCCCCAGGGACACGUGCGCUCACCUCCUGUUGUAUUUCGUGGCCGAGACGAUGAGGAAGAGCCUCCGCAGGGCGUCCGGGGCGUCGGGACCCCAGUCCUCCUCUCGCAGUAGCGCACAGACCCGGGCACAGAGCCUCGCCAGCUCCUCGUCCCGGAGCUCCCUAAACAAAGACGACGGCGUCGGCAACCCGGCGACGAGGGACCCGGAAACGCCGCCCUGAGCUGUGACAGGACGGCUCUCGGGCUGGGGACCGGCCCUGCUGAGCAGAGAACAAGCCAGGUGUCGCGGAGGAAGGUGGUCCCAGCACCACCGGGCCUCUCGUGACGAACCCGCUGGCUGGGUACCCGGCCUGGGCCCUCGCCCCCCACCAGGCGGGGGACCCUCGCUCCAGCAGUUACUACGGCAAACCACGCGUUCGGAUUGUUGUUCCAGGACCAGAAGCACAAACUGAUCGGUUUACGAGUCAAAAGUAAGGGGGGUUUAGUCUGAAACCAGUUGCUUUUCAAAAGAUUCCUUCAGUGAGCCUUUAACUUCUGGGAACAAGAAUUAAAAAUGAAAGGUCAAAUGUUAUGACACAUUACUCUAAUACUUAAUUGAAAAAUCUAUCUAUUGAGCAUUUAUAACAGGUAAGAUGCUGAAGCAAGCCUCAAAACGAAGCCUGGUUCAGGCUUACUCCAGCCCCAGAGGCAAGAAAAAGCAACGUGGCCCCAAGCCACCGCGCUGGGAGCUGCUGGGGGGCUCUUGGCAGGGCCCUUACACAGCUGGGCCCCCGCCGCGGGUCCCCGAAGACCACCAAGUCCACUCUGCUCGAGCUCGGGGUCUGCGAUUCUGACCUGAGAUGGCGCACCCCCAGGCUGUGGGGCUGAGGAGAAUGUCCGAGAACCCCGUGGGCUGGGGGUCCCGGGCGGCGGCUUGGGUUUCCCGUUCUCACCUGAAGGCUGGCAGACAAAUCCCAAUGGCUUCCCCACCACGCCUCGCCUCCCACCCCCGUUUCUAUUUUUUCACUUAAUCCGGCCAGAGUGGGAUUCAGCCACCUACAAACACAAGCAAAGGCGCGUGUGGACGAGGAGGGAGGAGACUGAGUUGAGAGGCCGGGUCCAGGUCUGCUGCUCGCCGCGGCGACGGCCGAGGGAGAAGCUGCCACGCGUCCCGCAGUCAGUCAUAACUGAGGCUCCUUCCCAGAACGGUGGUGCCCCUCGCCCGUACCCCAGAUUAGUCCCUUCCAAUGUAUUCUCCAAGUCACCGGAUUCUUUCUAAAAGGCAGUCUGCCUUCACCGGUCAGUAGCUCUCCACUGCUUUCAGACCCAACCCCCAGGUGCUAGCGCAGCUCACAAGGCCGGCUCCUCCUGUUUCUCCUGCUUCCGCCCCUGGCAUGGACCCUCUGCCUGAAACGCUCCCGACUGCUUCCCUCGCUGGCUGACGCACUCUGAGCUUCUGUUUAGUUGUCUUGUCCUUCAGGAAACCUCCCCUGGCCUUGCUGCUCCCCCCCACCCCAACCCAAGUCCCACUCUCCUCACUUGUUCUGCAGUUCACAAGUCAUGCUUCUGAUAACUUUCCCCAGCCUUGCUUUCCAUCUCUGAAAAAUACAGAGAGAAACUAAAAUUUACUCCGAAUCCUAACUCCCAAACUUCAGUAAAGUUCCACCAAGAAUCACC